AUGGAGAUGCAUCAGAAAAAGUUACUGGAUAUUAAGUCUAAGAACACUAAAAUAGAAUCUAAGAGAAUAGAGGACAUCUUGCAUAGAAAACAUGAAGAAAAGAUAAGAAACUUUGAAUUCAUGAAAUAAGAAAAGGAAUUAGAAGUUAAUAGAAACAAUAAAAAGCUAUUGGAGAAGCUAGUAGAGAUAUCAAAGGGAAAACAUUUAGGAGUAGAAACACUGACCCCAGUAAAUCACAGCUUGGGGACAAGCAGCAUGUUCAGACCUAAAUCUUUGAAUAUCGUGUCUAGGAAGAAGGAAAGCUAGAAAAUAGAAGAGGACAAUUUCAAGUUUGCGAAACGACUGUUUGAGUCGCAUGGCCUUAUAUCAGUUAAGGAAAUGAAGGAGUAAUUUAAGGAGCAUGUCAAGAUUAAAAAGCAUGUCAGGAAAUUGAAUGGCAAGAUUGAUAAAGAUGGUAAAAAGCAGAGGCAUGGAUUGCUUCCUCCAAUAAAUUCUUCAGCUCAGAAAAAUAAAUCGAUUGCUCAAAAUGAUGACACACACAAAUCUCAACCAAAUAUUGGCACCAACGAAAAUGUUACUACUGAACUUAGUUAAUCAAAUGCAACUGGCACAAUGAGUAAUAACAACGUUAUAGCAUAAAAUCCUAUAACCUUAGAGAAGAAACUGCCAGUACCCUAAUCUUAAGAUGUACAGUAAAUGCCUGAUAAUAUCUCGCCAUUAAUCACUUCUGAUUAAAAUUAAGCUGAUCAUCAACAGUAAAGUAAAAUAGUCUCUGUAUCUAAUGACUAUGAAAUCUAGCCUCUAGCUCAAAAGCAAACUCAAUGA